AUGAGUGUGAUGAGUUUGUUUUCCUUCACAAGUCCAUCUGUGAAGAGACUUCUCGGGUGGAAACAGUGUGAUGAAGAAGAAAAAUGGCCAGAAAAGGCUGUUGCUGCAUUGGUGAAAAAACUGAAGAAGAAGAAGAAGGAAGCCAUGGAGGAGUUGGAGAAGGCCCUGAGCUGCCCCGGGCAGCCCAGUCACUGUGUCACCAUCCCCCACCCGCUGGAUGGUAGACUGCAGGUCUACAACCGUAAGGCACUGCCUCACGUCAUAUACUGCCACGUGUGGUACUGGCCAGAUCUUCAGAGCCACCAUGAGCUGAAGCCCCUGGAGUGCUGCAAGUUUUCUUUUGGCUUCAAGCAGAAGGAAAUCUGCAUCAAUCCCUACCAUUAUAAGUGCAUAGAAAGCCCUGUUCUUUCUCUAGUGCUGGUUCCGAAACACAGUGAAUACAGUCCUCAGCACAGCCUCCUAUUUCAGUUCUGGAACUUGGGACAGGAGGAGCCUCACAUACCACUCAAUGCCACCUUUCCAGAAUCUUUCCAGCAGCCUACCAGUCACCCAUUUCUGCAUUCUUCCAACACUAGUUACCCGGAUUCUCCUGGAAGCAGCAGCAGCACCUAUCAUUCUCCAGCCAGCUCAGACCCAGGCAGCCUUUAUCAGAUGCCAGCUGAUUCUUUUCCACCUGCUUACUUGCCUCACAAGGACCCUGGGACCCCAAUGGACACAAAUAUGAUAGCACCUUCACUGUGUUCAGAAAUCAACAGAAGAGAUGUUCAGGCAGUUGCUUAUGAGGAACCAAAACACUGGUGUUCCAUUGUCUACUAUGAGCUCAACAGUUAUGUGGGUGAAGCAUUCUAUGCCUCUUCCACAAGUGUGUUGGUGGAUGGUUUCACUGAUCCUUCCCACAGUGAGAACCGUUUCUGCCUUGGGCAGCUCUCCAGUGUUAAAUGGAAUUCCACUGUUGAAAAGACCAGGCAGCACAUUGGAAAAGGAGUGCAUCUUUACUAUGUUGGAGGGGAGGUGUAUGCUGAAUGCCUCAAUGACAGUAGUAUCUUCAUGCAAAUUCGGAACUGCAACUACCAUCAUGGAUUUCACCCCACAACUGUCUGCAAGAUUCCUAGUGUGUGCAGCUGGAAAAUUUUUAACAACGAAGAAUUUGCUCAGUUGUUGACACAGUCUGUGAACCAUGGUUUCAAGAACAUUUAUGAGCUCACAAAAGUAUGUCUUCUAUGCAUGAACUUUGUGAAGCUAAAUGACCCUGCUGUGUUUUUUCUAGGGCUGGGUGCAGAAUACCAGUGCCAAGAUGUCACUAGCAUCCCCUGCUGGAUUGAGAUACAUCUGCAUGGUCCCCUUCAGUGGCUAGAUCAUGUUCUCACCCAGAUGGGUUCACCUCAUAGUUCUAUUUCAUCAGUGUCUUAA